AUGGCGAUGACAGAUAGCGGUAACAUACUUGCAGUUGGAGGGGAUGAACUCGAUAGACUUACGGAUCUUCCUAUUAAUGUCAUACACCAGAUUCAGGAUCACAUGUCUAUUGAGGAUGCUGCAAGAAUGAGUGUUCUGUCCAGAACGUGGAGAUAUAUUUGGGCUUCAAACCCGAAGCUCGUAUUAGAUACACAGUUUUUCACAAAGAGAACACCAUCAGACAUAAUAGACAUCAUUAGUACAAUUCUGUUGCAGCACCAAGGAGCCAUUAAGUCAUUCCUUGUGGAUAUUUCAAAAAUACAUUCUUCGCAGCACUCAGUAGUCGAUGAAUGGAUGCUACCGUUGUCAAGAAACGGUCUCAUGGAUCUCUCUAUUGAGAAUCAGAACAGUGGCAAUGCCCCUUAUAAAUUGCCUUCCUGUGUGUACGGUGUGGGACUAGAAAGUUUGGUCCUGUCGAACUGCAUUUUCAUGCCGCCGUGCAGUUUUAGGGGUUUCCACAAGCUCAAACGGCUUCACCUUAUGCAGGUUUCCUUUGAAUUAGACGUUGCAACUUCUUCCCUCUGGAUGCCAAACCUUGAGAAACUAAGCUUAACACUCUGUAGUGGUCUUCGUUUCUUGAAUAUAUAUGCCCCAAAAGUUCUUUCGUUAACUCUCCUUGCAUGUGGCACCGACCCACUAAACAUGGGUCCUUUCAUGGACUCUGAGAAGUUGCAAAUAUUUUCCAUUGUAUCACUAAACAGACAAGAUAAAGCAGUGAAAUUGACAGAUCUUCUCAGCAGCUGGCCUAACCUUAGUUUACUUAUCACUACUAAAAACCUGCUGAAAAGCGACCUACAAAAACCGACCUCAAUGAGUGGGAUAAAAAAACGACCUCAUGAGGUUACUACAUUUGCUUGCAAUUUGGCAAAACAUCGGAAAUCUUCAACUUUGGAGUCAAGGAUGCUUGUUACAUCUAGGUUUGUACCUAUAACUGCAAAUAAAGGACCUGUUCUUUAG